AUAUCAAUAUCUGAAACAGAAAUUUGCACCAACUGGGCCACCUGACAACCACCUAAAAUGGAUUUUGUUGAGACUCCUGUAACCGCAGUGGCGUAAUGUUUAAGAAAUGUUCAUGCUACUGCGGGUCUUCUUCGUGUCGCCUCAGUUGUUGAUCCUCGCCCCUCCGGGCGUAAAGACUACCGUGGUGUAAUCUUCAAUUUCUUCUACUAAUUCCGCAUUCGCUCUCGAAUCUGGCCGUCUGGCACUGAGUUAUUGUAGGUAUGGACAAUGUAGUGCAGCGAGUUUUCCAAGAAGGUGGCCGUGAUUUUUACCAGCAGCAGCCUUCAACCUCUUCUUCUACUUCUUCCAUUCUUCAAUCACUUCCUCUUCAUGUGUCUUUUGAUCAUGGUUAUUACUUGUUGGUAAAAUCUAUACAAGAGCUAAGGUUGAAGAAAGAUGGCUUGGUAGUUGUUGGUAUAGGAGGGCCUAGUGGUUCAGGGAAAACUAGCUUAGCAGAGAAAGUGGCAUCUGUGAUUGGUUGUGUUGUCAUAUCAAUGGAGAAUUAUAGCACCGGGAUUGAUGAAGGCAGUGAAUUGGAUUUAAUAGACUUUGAUCUUCUUGUCCAGAAUCUUGAGGAUCUCAUAAAUGGCCAUGAUACACAUAGCCCAGUGUACGAUUUUCAAGGACGAAAACGAGUGGGUUCCAAAGAAAUAAAAAGCAGUUCAUUUGGAGUGGUAAUAGUUGAUGGUGCUUAUGCUCUGCAUGCAAGAUUGCGCUGCUUGCUAGAUAUACGGGUUGCUGUGGUUGGGGGUGUCCACUUUAGUCUGCUUUCCAAAGUGCAAUAUGAUAUUGGGGAUUCUCGUUCACUUGAUUCCCUGAUUGACAGCAUCUUCCCACUUUUUAGAAAACACAUUGAACCGGACCUUCAUCAUGCACAGAUCAGAAUUAACAACAGCUUUAUUUCAUCAUUUAGAGAGCCAAUCUACAAGCUAAAGUGCAGAAGUGAGCCUGAAUGUCAACUUAUGUUGCACAUUUUUCAAGGGAAGGAUGCCCAGAUAGAUAAUUUCAUUGAAAUGUACCUUAGACCUCCAUCUGCAAGUGAAGAAGCAAGGAUAAAUGAUUGGAUUAAGGUGCGGCAAUCGGGAACCCGAUACUAUCUAUCUCUAGGUGACCAACGAAUUGUUGACAAAUAUUUCAUUAUUCGGCCAAAAGCAGAGUUUGAGGUUGGACGGAUGACCCUGGGUGGUUUACUUGCGCUGGGGUAUACUGUUGUUGUCAGCUAUAAACGAGUGUCAACCUCUGUCAGCGAGGGUGGAUUUUCUGUUUCACUAGAAACGAUUGAUACACUUGGGGAGACUUACAUGGUCUUGAGAGGGUCAGAUAGAAAGAUGGUUGGAGCUGAAGCAUCGAGGAUGGGCAUUAAUGGUCCUUGGAUUACGAAAUCCUAUCUUGAAAUGAUUAUGGAGACAAAAGGGGUUCCCCGAUUAAAUACACCACCUCUUUUGGCUGAUGGAUCAGACGCUACUUCAACUAGCAACCAAGAAAGGUUGAUAAUCACUCCUAAACCGCUUCAUGUGAUCCCUAAGCUUGUCAGCGGGCUUGAUGAUUUGUCUCAGCCUUGGACUCGGUCUCCAACCAAAUCAAAAAUGGAACCAUCUAUGGCAACAUGGCGUUUCAUGUCACCAGAACCUCUACUUACCCAUGGCUCACCUGUUCGCAUGGAUGACCUCCAACUUGUUCCAUUACCGGAUUCAUAUGAUUUAGAUAGAGGGUUAAUUCUUUCUGUUCAAGCAAUACAGGUUUUAUUAGAGAACAAGGGUCUGCCAGUGGUAGUUGGAAUUGGUGGUCCUAGUGGAUCUGGGAAAAAAACCUUGGCUCGUAAACUGGCUAAUAUUAUUGGUUGCGAAGUUGUUUCCCUUGAAUGUUAUUACAAAAUGCGACAAGUAAAAGACUACAAGUAUGAUGAUUUUUGCUCUCUUGAUCUUUCUUUAAUGUUGAAGAAUAUUAGCGAAAUAAGGAAGUCUGGUAGAACCAAAGUCCCCAUCUUUGACCUGGAAACUGGUACACGUAGUUGCCUGAAGGAUAUUGAAGUUUCUGAAGACUGUGGAGUGGUUAUAUUUGAAGGUGUUUAUGCUCUGCACCCUAACGUUAGAAAAUCAUUGGACUUGUGGAUUGCUGUUGUAGGAGGUGUUCAUUCACAUCUCAUUUCAAGUGUUCAAAGGGACAAAAGUAAAGUUGGCUGUUUGAUGUCUCAAAAUGAGAUUAUGACAACAGUUUUUCCAAUGUUCCAGAAGCACAUUGAACCCCAUCUUGUUCAUGCACAUCUAAAAAUUAGAAAUGAUUUUGACCCUGUCCUUUCCCCUGAGAGCUCGUUGUUUGUGCUGAAAAGUAGUAAGCAGGUGGAACAUCAAGAUAUUAUUGAAAUUCUUGAACGUACCAAGAUAUCGAGUUCUGUUCAGAGUUUUAUUGAUAUAUAUUUAUGUCUUCAUGGAAUACCUAAUGGCCUGCUAACAGAAAGUGAUUGUAUAAGAGUCAGAGUUUGUGAAGGAAGAUUUUCAUUGUUAAUAAGGGAGCCCAUAAGAGAAGGCAGUUUCAUUGUUCAGCCAAAAGUGGACUUCGAUAUAAGUAUUAGCACCGUUGCUGGCCUUCUUAACCUCGGGUAUCAAGCAGUAGCAUAUAUUGAAGCCUCUGCACAUAUCUACCAAGAUGGAAAGAUUCUUGUUGAGGUUGAUCAUCUGCACGAUUUACCUACUACAUACAUACAAAUUAAAGGGGCCAAUAAAGAGAUCGUUUCUGAUGCUGGUUCAUCGCUUAAGUUGGAUGGCUCAUAUACAACAAAGAGUUAUCUUCAAAUUGUUUUAGAAAGAAUACCUGUUCUUGAGGGGAGUUCAAGUGGCAUUCCUUGUCAACAAGCUGCUAAGUUGCAAGAGCUUGUAGAAUUUAUACAAUUGCAGGGUGACACUUCAUUGUUAGACUCAUCACCGAGCAAGGAUGUUUCUCAAUUAGAUGGUGUAAUUGAGGACAUGCAGUCGAGAAUCAAGAGACUCGAAAGAUGGCACAUUAUCAGUACUGUGCUAUGGACAUUUUUGAUGUCUGCUUUUGUAGGAUACUCACUCUACCAGAGAAAACGCCAAUAGUGUGCAAUAUUCAACUAAUUGCCGUUGCAAAUAGUACGCUGCUCAAACUAUUCUUUCAAGUGACUGCUUCUUUGUGCAUUUAUGAUAUUUCUAUGGUGUAUCAAUCUGAUUCCAAAUGACACCGAAACUGUUUUUAUCUUGGACAUGUUACUUCAUGUAAACUUAGAGCCCGUUUGGCAGCAUGAAAAUCGGCUGUUCUGGCUGAUUCUGCUGAAAUUUAUGAAUUUCUGGC